GCUCCAAAAAUCCACUUCCUUAAGGAAGGGCCCGUUUUCUGUAUAAAAAUCCAGCUGACUAGAGAGUCCUCAACAGAUCCAAGUCCAGAGAGCAGCAGCAUCUGAGUUUUCUUGUAUCUAGGGUCAGCAUCCUUUGAAACAUGAGUUCCUACCAGCAGAAGCAGCCUUUUGUCAUGCCUCCUCAGCCUCAAGAGCAUCAAGUGAAGCAACCCUGUCAGCCUCCAACACAAGGACAAUUUGAACCAAUAACCACCACUGGGCCAUGCCACACAGAUGUUCCACAACCAGGAAACACCAAGAUUCCAGAGCCAUGCAACACCAAAGUGUCUGAAUCAGGCUACACUGUUGUCCUUGAGCCAGAUUAUACUACAGUGCCUGGGCCAUGCUCUACCAACAUCCCUGGGCCAUGCUCUACCAACAUCCCUGGGCCAUGCUCUACCAACAUCCCUGGGCCAUGUUCUACCAACAUUCCUGAGCCAUGCUCUACCAAUAUCUCUGGGCAAGAUUAUACCACAAUCCCUGGGCCAUGUGCUACCAAUAUCCCUGAGCCAAACUCAGGGCCAUGCUCUACCAAUGUUCAUGAACCUGGCUAUGUGAAUGUCAAGGUUCCUGAUCAGGGCUACACCAUGAUACCUGACCAGGGUUACUCUAAGGUACCAGAGCCAUGCCAGUCCAAGAUUCCUGAAGCGUGUCCUACAACUGUCACUCCAGAAUUAGCUCAGCAGAAGACCAAGCAGAAAUAAUACCGUCGAUAGCCAGCCAGGCCUUUGAAGAGCCAAACACCAGAUGCUGAACUCCUUUAUUCUGUCUGCUUCUGUAUCUCCACUUUCUGGAGACCAUUUAGCAAUAUUUUGCCACACUCUCUAUGUGUACUCUAAAAAUACCUAUUGCGGUGUCUUCCUCCACACCUGCUAAGGUACCUUCAAGUUAAGCAGAAAAUCUUAGUGCCUUGAAUGCUUUUUGAAUGCUUUUUGGAUCCUUCAUCUGAAGCAAAACUCUAUGAGAUUUUCUAUAGGAAAAAAAAUGCAUGUUUCCUGCUUUGCCCCAUUAAAAUAC